AUGGAUGUGGAGCUGCCGGGCCGCUUAGUGGACUCUGCGUUAAUCAAUUUUGUCAAUGACAUGAGCCUGAUAGAGUUUCCGCAGAAGAUAGCGUUGGGACCCAAGCAGGUGAAUACCACCACACCCAGCCCGAGCAACCAGGCGCGGCAGGACGACUCGUCUUGGAGUCUGAGCCUGGAGAACGACGCGCGCACAGGGGAGCUCCGCGCCGAGCGUCUGGCGAUGAGCCCGCCGAGGUACUACAGCCGCGGGGCGCACGACCACGCCGCUUCCAAACGCAGGAGGAUCAUCACCGUGGUGCAGCGCCAUGCGGCCAACGUGCGGGAAAGAAAGCGGAUGUACAGCCUGAACGAGGCGUUUGACGAGCUCAGGACGAAAGUUCCCACAUUCGCGUACGAGAAGAGACUGUCCCGCAUCGACACCUUGCGCCUCGCCAUCGUCUACAUCUCCUUCAUGAGGGACCUGCUGAAGAACACAUGACACUCAACCCGAUGUUAAGU